AAUUCCCCGGCAUUUUGCAGUGGAAAAUUUUCAUGGAAUGGAAUAUCUGUAACCACAAUUGCGUAAUAAUAUGUAAUAUUGUGAGAGGGCGGCCAAUUUGAUAGGUCGUCUUCGAUAUAACAAAAAUUUUACAAUGGUGAAGUAAGUAUCUUUUUUGAUUAAAUUGAAUAAUGUUGAAAGCGUAUCGAGCGAUAAAGUAACGCCGGACAGGCGUCUAGUCGUUACGUUAAAAUGUACUUUAGAAGGAAAAAAAUCGAUCGUUCCGUUUCGGAACGGUGAAUAUAUGAAGGAUAUUAAUCGUUUUAAUACAGUUAAGGAAAAUUUGUAACUAUAAAACCUAGACAUAAAAAAAUAGGAGGACAGACAAGGAGAGAAAAGGGCAGACUGUGAAUUAUAUAGACAUAUUGUUGUUAUGGCUGUUUAUUUGUCGUCAUUAGAAAAACGGUUUAUUAUUACCGUCGUUAUCCCUUUCAAUACUAUAGAUAAACUUUAAAAUAGGGAGUAGUUAAAGAAAAUAAUGAAUUUUUAAGAAAAGGGGAGGGGAGAAAAAAAUUCUUACGUUUAAUUCUCCUUACAAAAAAAAAUUUUGCGUCAGAAUGUAGGCCUAAUUCAUCAGAGUAAAAAAAACGAGCUCGGCUUGUUUCGUCGACACGUUUUAAAAAGCUUAUAACAUAUUCGAUCCUCGCUUUUGAACACCAAAAAUAUAUACAUUCCGUUUGUAGGCUUACAUUAUUUAGUAAAUUUUGUUGCAAGGUUUUCAAUUGUAUACCUAAUUCUGUACGAGUCGUUGGAAUCUAAAGAGUCUCUUCUAUAAAUUAUAGGCUGUUGAUGUUAAAAAUCGUUUGUUUACUUAAAUGUGAAUUUUCAACGUGUAUUUUUUUUCUUUAAAAAGAUCUUCUUCCGGUAUUCAAUAUGCUGAAGGAGGUGAAAAAAAUGGCAGUUGGAGGGGUGAGAAGCACUUUAAACAAGUAACGAUUAUUGACAGAACAAUGGAGAAUUGUGAACGUCAUAAUUGUAGUAGAAAGCCGGCUCAAAGCCUUAGCUUUCAUGAAUCGUGGGACAGAACUUUGCCGAAUUCAUCUAAAUCGAAAGACAGUGCUGAAAAUAGUAGUACAAUACAAAAUGAACAAAAGGAAACUAUUAAUCAGUUAAUAUGAAACACUCUACUCCGGUACACAACUAACAUGCAUAUCUUUUUCAGAGUAGAAGAAAGCAUCGAAAACCCAUUCAAGAGCGACGGAGAAUUAUCGAAAAUAGCUGAUUAUAUUAUGGAACAUUCGACGAUAUGUCGAACAAGCGUUAACAUAGCAGAUCCGGAUGAGAGUAGGGUGAGUGAGAUUCCUGCAACUUCAGUUGAAGAACCUGCUUUACAAGCCGCUCAACACCUUGUUCAACAAUCGGCUCCAAAAGCAUCCCCCCAGCAAGUUGAAGUAAAACUCUUAAAAAUUGAGAGCAACGACGGACCGCAAUCUGCGGAACGUUUACCCCCAAAAGGGAAAUGCUGCUCUCUUCAGUGAUAAAUUUGCUUAUAAUUAUAUACAAUUUUUUCUUCUCCCUGACAAACUAUGAUCAAAGCAUAAUUGACGCUGGUAUUAUAUGCUUCUAAAGUAUAUACUGUAUAGGAAAACAAAUAUAUAGCUAUAAAUAUACAUUUAUGUUUCUAAAUAUAUGCAUAAAUUUCUAUAUAUAUAUACACCUUACAUUAAUAGUUUGUCAAUAAAUCCUUCUUACUCCCUCACUAGUAUUAUGAUUAUUAUUAUUCAAUUGAGCGAUUUUGCUAUUUGUUUAGCUGCUUUGUUUUUUCCUUAAAAUAUAAAUUGUAUGUAUUUGAAUGCUUAAUUUUAGCCUGCUGAAAGUUAAUGUAACAGAUUCAGACUGGAUUGUGUCGUAGGCCAACUA